CUUGGUAACAAGACAAACUAAAUUUUUAUGUCUUAUUAACUACAAGAGAGACUCGCGUCAGUAAUCUAUAUUGUAUAUCUCCAGCAGGCCAAGAUGUAGAGAAAUGUAUGGCAAAAUUCUAGGUUAUUUAAUUGUUUUGUAGUAUAUCUGUGUAAACCUUUAAAGGAAAUAUCUUUAUCAUUAAGGGUGUUAACUUAUAUGAAGUGGGAAUGGGAUGGUGGAGACAAAACAAGUGGGGGGGCGGAGGCAAAUAAACAAUCCAUUUAUUAUUAGAACAAGUUUAUAAAAAGCUUUUCAGUAAGGCUACAUAAAGAAUGGACAUAUUAAUAAUGUGUGCUUAUUCAAAUACAAACCAAUCCUUUAUUUCUUCAUUUAUGAAUGAAUCUACAAAGAUAUCCUUUUCAAACGGUCUGAUUGAUCAUGAAUAAUCCGAUUAUAAUUAAAUUGAUCAUUUAAUAUUUAAUCUAUUUAUAUUUACUGCUGUUUAUAUAAUAGUAUGAUUCGUUCAUUCAUGCGCGUGGUGGGAAAAAACCUGGAGCUGGACGUCCUUUAUGCAAAUUUCAUGCUGGAUUAGCCAAUAGGAAUCAGUCGCGCUGGAUUCCUCUACAUAUUCAUGAUUGCAGCAGGAGUUCCCAUCCAAUAGCAGGCGAGCGGAGAUGAAUAUUCAGACGAUCCGUCGACAGGGAGCGUCAGCUUCGGUGCACAUCUGGAUGAGAGGCGUGAGAGAAGCGCUGAGUGCGAGUUCACGUGGGGGAAAGCUAAUGAAACUGAACAAGCCGCUCUGGGAGGUCGGUUUAAAGGAGGGUAAAGGGGAAUAUGAUUUUUUUUUUUUUUAUGGGGAUUUUUUUUUUCUGAGGCGUUUCACACGAGCUCGUGUUAAUUAGAUGUAAGGCGAUUUAUUGAGAGAGGAAAGCAGUCCCGUCUCCUCAUGCACCGCGGAAUUUCUCUCCACAUGACAAGCCGCAAUAAGGGGCUCCUAGAGGACAUGGUGUCCAGGCUGUGGGAGCUGGAGACCGCCAGACAGAGACAGGAGAGACUCGUGCUGAGCGUCCUGGAAGCCGGAAACACCGAGAAGGAGCGCGAGACUCUGAAAUGGCAGCAGAAGCAGCUCCAGGAUGCCCCCGGUGGUGUGAUGGUGGUACUGCAGCAGCAGCUCGGUGAGUUAACGAUGGACUCCAACAACGAGGACAACCUGGACAGUGUGUCGAGCUCAGGUCUUUACAAGCAGAGUGAGAUUCAGUCCCCUUUAAGACACUCGAGAUCUUCUCCCAGUCUUUCUUUCUACAGCCACAGAGGCAGAUCAAUGGAAAAUGCCUACGUGCUGGACUGGGAGGGUCAGAGGACACGGCCCUUGCGCGCUUUUCUGCCUCGUUCGUUCUCUGCCCCCUACCCCCCUUUAGAGGGCAUUGCAGAAGGAAUUGAGGAUGCGGAGGAUGAUGACAAUGAAACCCUGUGGUCAAAAGGCCAAACUCCAAAAGGAGAGGACUUGAAUGGAACUGACAUGGGUCCCAUUAUGAAUUUAAAUGAGGAUGGUGGCUCUAUUGGGAUCCAUUGUGAUCAUCAAGGUCCCACUGCGGAGAUGGAUGAAGCCCCCACAGAAGAGGACAUUCAGCAAGCCAUGCGUGUGGAGACCUAUAUUUUGGGUCUUCUACAACGCUAUUAUCUCAACCAAACUCCCACCUCUACAGAAGUCCUCAGUUCUACUCCUGAUUGCUGGCAAGAACUACAUGCAUAUCCCCCGAACUACUACGAACAGCCUGAAAAUUCAGAGUGGCAGAAAUGGGAAAUCUUCAACGAUGAAAAGGCAUCGCAAGAUAGGUACUAUCUGGGAAAUGACACUGAGCGAUUCUCACAGGCUUGUAAAGAUCCAGGCUCCUCCAUAGAGUCAUGCAGUAUCAUUGCUGAUAUAGAUUCACAUUGCCUUCAUCGUCCCUGUGUUUCUCCACCUUUAUCCUCUGAAUCUCCCAAACAAGACUGGGAACCUACAUCUCUGGAACUGGCACAUCAACUGCCCUUAGCCAGACUGUAUCAGGAGGAAAGAUGGUCAUCAAUUGGGCAGAGGCAUGUAAAGACAACCAACCAGUCUUGUUCAGAAGGCAACUCCCGAUCUCAAGGUUUUACCACCAAACCAGAGCAUGGCUACUACACACUGGGAUGGGAUAUGGAUAUGCACUGCUUCAAUGAAGAUUAUAUGUCCAGUCAGAGACUCUGGAGCUCCACGGCAGACCUCAGUCAAGAAGAAAAGGCGACGCUGCUCAGAGUGGAGGAACGACUGUUGAGAGACUCCGACCUACCAUUUCCCAUCAGCCCACAUUCAUCUACUAAGUACCCUGAGCAGGACCAUAACAUUGGUAAUGAGACGAAUGCUAGAGGAACUCAAGAAGAUGGAUCUGACUCCAGUCUGAGUGAGACGUGCUCUCCAGGGUCCAGCUCAAGGUCAAGUGACUCAGAUGAAAGUGGGGGCCUUGUCUGGCCUCAACAAGUGCCCCCAUAUGUGCCUUCUUUUUCCCAGAAUGCACCUACUGCCAUGGUCAGGAUCAAAGCCUCGCAUGCACUAAAGAGGAAGAUCCUGCGUUUCCGCUCAGGCUCGCUAAAAGUCAUGACCACUGUCUAGUCCCGGAUAUGGCAAUUGAGAUUCAUUCGGUAUAUGUUUGACGGUGUAUGGUGUUAGAAAACGGAAUCCAUGCACCCAAAGCUGGAUUCAAUACAUGUCCAAAUUCUGACCUAGUUGAAUGUCGUGGAAUCCUCUGUACAAUUUACAAAGCUGGCUAAGUAUGGAGAGUUACCAACACACAAACACACCUUUGGUUCUCUGGGUGAGAGACUUGAAUACUGUUCUCAAUAUGCUUUUAACCUUUGCCUUUUGCUUUCAGAGACCAAACUGAUAUCCCUGAUUUGUGG